AUGCAGAGGGUUUGGCAGGAAUAUUGGGACAUCAAUGACACUGGGAGACAUUUCUACAGGAUACAGAGCCAGGUGGGUGGAGGACGGGUGUUUGGCAGGAGCAGGAAGGAGGAGGUGGCCAUCACCCGUCUCAGGCUGGGGCACACAGGGUUAAACAGCACGCUAAAAAUUAUAGGUAAACACCCCACGGGAAACUGUCGAAGCUGCAAUUUGCAGGAGACAGUAGAGCAUGUCUUAAUGGAAUGUAGGGAGUAUGAAAGCGAGAGGGGAGUAUUAAAAGCUGGCUUGAAAAAGGAAAACAUUGGAUUCACAUUAAGGAGUGUGUUACAGAGAACAGAAGAGAGCAAUAAACAUGUACAAAGAUAUUUGAGAAGAACUGGCCUAGUUGAAAGGAUGUAG